AAUCGUGUGCGAGAUAUUUUGAGCGACCCGUUGACCUGCCAAUCGGAUUUAAGAACUUCAUUCGUUCGCCGGUGUGCGCCUUUGAGUUACGUAUUCUAGCAGUUUCGACGCGGUAGUAACGCGGGCUGUCGAAGACAAUUGGAGAGGCCAAACCGCGGUGUAACAAUGGUGAAGCUGUUCAUUGGAAACCUUACCGAGGAGACGGGAAGGGAAGAAAUCGAGGCACUGUUCACACCGUACGGCACUGUAACAGAAUGCGCCAAAUACAAAAACUACGCCUUUGUGCACAUGGAUGACCGCAAGGCAGCCACGAAAGCCAUCCGCGAGCUCAAUCUCUAUCAGCUAAACGGUAGACCUAUGAACGUGGAGCCCAGCCGAGGGAACAACCAGGGCCCGGUCAAGAUCCACAUCGCCAAUGUGGAGAAGGGCUUUGAGAAAGAGCUCAGAGAGCUGUUCGAAGAAUAUGGCUCAGUCACGGAGUGCGCUAUCGUGAAGAAUUUUGCGUUUGUUCACAUGGCCAACUCUGACGAAGCCAUGGAUGCCAUAAAAGGCCUGGAUAACACAACUUUCCAAGGUCAAAACAUUCAUGUGCAGUUGUCAAAAAGUAAGCCCGCAUGGGCUUCGGGUGAAGAGGACUUUGGUCCGCCACCCCCUGGUCGAGGAGGCUUCUAUCCCCCUCCUCAUCCUCCCCGCUUCCAUCCCGAGCCUCCCUACGGGGGGCGCAUGUCCUCUUACCCGCCACCGCCCCCACCGCCGCCUCCUCCGAGGCGGCCAAUGUACGACCGCGGCUACGGUGAUCGUGAUGGCUAUGGAGUGGUGGAUUAUUAUGAGAAAUUCCGCGCCCGUCCUUAUGGCGCCCCGGGCUACGACGAUAGGCGCCCUGGGGCCAUCCCACCACCGCCGCCACCACCCCCACCUUCAGCGAUGGGAAGAGAACGUGUUGGGAUGGGCGAAGGGUACGACCGCCGGCCUAUUCCCCCAGCGCCCUACAUGGCCCGCGACCGCAGCCCCAUUAGGCGACCCCCCCAUCCUCCUCCCCCGCCUGCUGCGGCGGCCGGUAACGGGUACUCCUACGAGCGCACCCGCUUCACCCCGCAGAUGAAGCCUCAGCCGUAUGCGGCGCCGUAUCCCCGGAACAACUAUACACCAACCGGUCCUGUUCCUACACCGCCGCAACCCAACUACACUGGCUAUCCGGCCCAGGGAGUUUAACACAGCGGUUUAGAAUAUGUCAAGAACGCCGUCUGCUGAUGCGCAUGGUGCUAUACGCUCCCCCCGCUCCCGCACGUCUAUGGUGGAUUGCGUUGCGUUCGCCGGAGACUUACUGGAAGAUACUCUAUUGCGGACAGCGACGUUCUUAUAAAAAAAACAAAAACAAAAAAACCCAUGCGAUUCCUUGUUGCAUUUACGUAUAUAUCUGAGUUGUCAAUGCCUUUUCUGUUCCUCUGUGUUACUCUUCAAAUUCUUACUUUUUGAGUUACAGUGCUUAGUUCGGUGUGACGCAUUACUACACUGCUUUUCGAUCUUUUUCAAUUCACAAGGCCGUAGAAUAACGCCAUCGCAACCAUCAGUUAUGAUGGGAUGUUCAAUCUUUUGUAAAAAAGUAGCUUUUGUGUAGACUUGAGUUUGGUUUCCCGAGAAGUUACAAAACCCCCCCAAAAAAAGCGUCGGAGUGUUUCUCUAUACACAUCUACACUUGUGUCGUUUUAUAAAAUAGUGGAUUACUUGUCCGACCUGUACGCAUGUCAAAUCAAAAUUUUAGUUUUCUCUUGAUGCUCUUCUGCGUAUGUUAUCUGUUUUCCCUCGUUGAUAUCGCAACGUUGUGUAUGGUUCUAGUUAGCUUGCCUUUUUUUUCCUCCCCCCUCUCGUUUGAAGGCUUUUUAAUAAAAAGAUGAAAAAAAACGUGA